UGUGAAAUACUCAGACCGGCCCGUCUGGCACCAACAACCAUGCCACGCUCAAAAUUGCUUAAAUCACCUUUCUUUCCCAUUCUGACAUUCAGUUUGGAGUUCAGGAGAUUGUCUUGACCAGGACCACACCCCUAAAUGCAUUGAAGCAACUGCCAUGUGAUUGGUUGAUUAGAUAAUUGCAUUAAUGAGAAAUUGAACAGGUGUUCCUAAUAAUCCUUUAGGUGAGUGUAUAUAUAUACAAUAUAAAAUGACCUAAUUUGAUCCGCUUUUUGAUCAUCACAAAUAAAGUAUGUGGUCUUGAAGAGGAAUCUUUUUUCUGUCUUCUGACACAGAAACAGAGGUUCUUGUGAGUGAAGUAAACCAAACAAAGGCAUAACUAACAAACAAAAAAUGUGUGGAGUGGCAACAUGUCACGCCUGCGGUGAAUGCCAUUAGUUCAAGCAACAGGACAGUUCCUGAAAUAAAAAAGAAGUGGUCCGUCUGAAGGUUGCGGCCAAAACCAAAAAAAAGAGGCUUCCCUGUCACCGUCAGAGUGUGUCUUCGACGGGAGGGGUCAGGGUGUGCCCAAGCUGUCCCCACUGGAGACAUGGAUGGCUUCUAUUAUAGGAGAAACCAGUGUGUGUGUGGCAUUGUGUCUGAGAGGGAGGGAGACACAGACAUGGUGGCGACAGGGGAAGCAGAAGAUGGAGGAAUGCAAUUCGAUGUGAAGACUCCCGGUGCCAGGUCCGCAGUGGCUGUGGAGUGUCCAGAGGUCGUCCCCAGCACUAGUGCACCACGACCACAUGGCACAGGUGGCCGGGUGCUGAUUGAGGCUGUCCUCCAAACAGGGACACAAUUGAUGCAAUUGGUCAUUGCAGAUGAUCUUAAAGGGAUUAUAUGGCGCGAAUACUUGUUUUUCUGUGUCUUUGGUGUGUUAUAAGUUGCCCAUGCAUGUAUUAGACAUGUAAAAUUGCAAAAAUUAAAGUGUCGGAACAAAAGAUGCAUUCUAUUGUGGCAAGGGGGGGGAGACGAGCGGUGAGUGAGUGGCGCUCGCACAAAUAAUGAACACCUGUGCUGGCGUGGAGAGGCUUAAAAGCAGCAAGGCAGAGACAGUCGGGGAGAGAGACCGGAGCUGACGGCUGGUUGCGAGAGACUCUGUGUGAGUGAGCGGAGAACUUAGAGCAGGGGCUCUGGCCAAGAAAGACUGUUUAUCCACGGAAGUGGGAGUGUUUUGAUUUAGGUGUGUACAGCGCUUGUGUAAAUUAUUUAUAAUAAAAGUUCAUAGUCGUCAGCUCUACCCUGAUUCCAGCCUCUUCCUUCCUGUUCCCUUGAAGUCUUGUUACACUGGUGCCGAAACCCGGCAUAGAAGGAAGUAGGAGCGCCGCGACCGGGGGGUCUGGUCCAUCCGGUUCGCCGUUUGCGGAGGUGAUUUCCUCACUCGCGGUCCUCCAUCAGGAACAACAUAGAGCGUUGCUGCAGCUCCGGGAGGACCAGGAUGUACGUUUCCAGGCGGUACUCCUGUCUCAGAAAGAGGACCGCGAGUUGUUCCGGAGCUGGGUGCACGGGGCCUUGCGCUGACCUGGUCCUCCAGAAAAUGGGCCCACAGGAUGAUCCCGAGGCUUCCUCGGACUCUUUGAGCGGGUAACGGUCGCGAGGGAUUGGCCGGAGGAUCAGUGGGCCCUACACCUCAUACCGCUUCUUUCUGGAGAGGCCCAGGUGGUGGCGCAGCAGUUACCUCCGGAGAAUCUCCUGGUGUACGCUGAGCUGAAGAAGGCCAUCUUGCAGCGGGUCGGCCGGAGCCCUGAGGAGUAUCACCAGCUAUUCCGAUCACUGGGGUUGGCGGAAACCGGCCGACCCUACCUCCUAGCUCAGCAGCUCCUGGACUCCUGCCGCAAAUGGCUGAUGGCCGGAGGAAGCGACGUCGCGAGCAUCAUGGAUAAGGUGAUACUGGAGCAGUUCACGACCUGUCUGCCCCGGAGAACAGCGGCCUGGGUCCAGUGCCACCGUCCGACGUCGCUGGAGUCGGCCAUCCAGCUGGCGGAAGACCACCUGGUUGCAUGCCCUGAAAUGGGGGAAAGUUUACCAGCGGUCUCUCUCCCCACGCCCGCAGCCCGACCGAUACCAGCACCACGGUCCCGCCCACCGAUCCUGCCGAGGGGAGGACCCCGGGGACGCGGAACCUACGGGACCGGACCGACCGAUGGAGGGGGAACCUUGGCCGGCAGGUCCGCCGGGCUGGAGACGAGCAGCCACCCCUACGCCAUGCCCUACAACCCGCCUGCCUCGUCCUUUCCACGCCAGUUAGCGGGCCCACUCCCUGCCAUUGGGGUGGCGGGAAAGCCUGGGCCGGCUUGUUGGCGCUGCGGGGACCCGGACCAUUUCCUAGAUCGUUGCCCGGUGAUGGACGUGGGGACCAUGAUCCGGGUCCCCGACGAGCCACGAGUUGCCCCUGGUUCGGCUGGCCUGUACCAAAUACCCGCGAGAUUUGGGGGGUACAUACCAGGCUUUGGUGGAUUCAGGUUGCAACCAGACCUCCAUCCACCAAAGCCUGGUUCGUCUCGGGGCAUGGGGUAAAAGCCGCGAGGUUAAGGUGCGGUGUGUUCACGGGGAUGUGGUGAAAUACCCUUUGUUGAGGCUGCCCAUUAAAUUCAGGGGGGAAAAGCAUAGUGUAGAGGUGGCGGUUAAUCCUCACCUCAGGCAUCCGCUAAUUUUGGGGACGAAUUGGCCGCUUUUUCCUAAAUUACUGAGGUUAUUGUGUGCGGAUGCCUCUUGGCGAACGAAGCAUGGGAGGGGAGGCGGUGUGCAUGUGGGCAGUGUGGUGCCGGGUCCGUCGGAGCCAAACUCCGGGGAGGCGCGUGAGAUUGAGAGGUUGGUACUCUCAGAUCGCGAUGACUUUCCCCUCGAGCAGGCUCAGGAUGCGACGCUGAAAAGGGCAUUUGAUCAGGUUGCAUCCAUCGACGGACAGCCGGUCCAGCCCACUUGUGCACUCUCCUACCCGUAUUUUGCUAUAAGAAGGAAUCGGUUAUAUCGGGUGACCCAAGACACCCAGACAAAAGAAGAUAUAACCCAGUUGUUGAUUCCGAAAAGCCGUCGGGAAAUGCUUUUCCAGGCAGCUCAUAGUAACCCAAUGGCAGGUCACUUAGGGCAGGGUAAUACACUGAGUCGCCUCAUGGCCCGAUUCUUUUGGCCGGGCAUUCACGACAACGUGCGCAGGUGG